AUGAAAGUGCUCGUCGCUCUGACCAUCUUCGGCUUCGCCGCUCUGGCCUACGCCGCGGUAGUACCUGCCGACAUCGAGUACAUGGAAGUCGAAACCUUGGCCAAGCCCAAAUGUCCACCAAGUCCAGCUGGAAAAAUCAUCGUGUUGCCGAACCCAAGUAACUGCACGACCUACUACCAGUGCUCGGGAGGAUUUGCUUGGGAGAUGCCCUGCCCCACAGGUCUGCACUGGAACGCCAAGGCCAAGACCUGCGACUGGCCCGAAGGUGCCUGCUGCGAUCCUGCUUACGACCCAGAGGGAAAAUGCAAGAAAUAUUGA